AUGGCGAUAGAACAAGAAGGAAACACUAGGGUUUGGACUUUCUCAUGUGAUCUGAAGCCCAGCAUUCUCGACCCUAAUGAUCUCCGGGCACCACUGUACAUGUCGCCGGUUGACCCACUUUUCCAAGAUAUGGAUAAUCCCUCUAGACGUUACCUAUGCCAUUUUGCUACAAUUCUCUGCGAAGACCUUGUGAUAGCUGAUGUUCCCAACGAAAACCCAUUCCGCAGUCUGAUUCCCACAUUUGCCAAUGCCGCGAUGCAUAUCUCGAGCAUGAGCCGCCCAAGCUUUGACCUACGCAAUGGCAGCGUACAAGGAUCGCUCUCAGAUAGUACGCCCGUGAAUACCCUGAGCCUUGCAAGAGAUUCAACAGACUCCCCCGCCGGUGCAAUCCUAGAUGCCCUAUCAGCAAAGCACAAAGCGAUCCACCUUCUCAAGGCAGCUUUGGAGAAUCUACCGUCCACAGAUGUCGACCUCAUAGUGACAGUCAUACUCCUCUUCAUCAACCUCGAGCUCAUCGACUCCGGCAAAAAUGCAUGGAGAGCGCAUGUCGAAGGCGCAAUGACACUGAUUAUCUCUCUAAAGCCGUUCCAGAACGACCAAACAUCUCCAAUUGCAUUGAUUCGCGAUCGCAUCACCUCGGAUUGCUUAACAUAUCAUGUCCUGGGCUCAACCCUCACAAACUCUCCCACCUUCUUGGACCCAUUCGCUCUUCCCAUCAAUAUCCUCAGACGAUCUGAAGCAAACAGCUAUCUCUCCUUCCCAACAACCCUCCUCCAGAUCCUCUUCCGAGCAUGUGAACUAUCCAAUAUAGCAUUCACUCUUCCUGUCACCGAAACUCCCGCUCUAACCAACGAAGCUUCUUCCUUACUAAGUGCCGCCCAAUCCUUCGAUGUGACCGCCUGGGCCAACAACGUCGAAGGCGCCCCAACACACCGGACCCCAAACCGUAUCCACACAGCUCUCGCCCACCAAAACGCAGUCUGCAUAUACAUAUACCGAAGUAUCACCCAUCCUCCAGUCGAUAUGAACUCAGAAGCCCUAGUUACUGAGAUUAUCCAUCAUCUCUCAUUCAUCGAUCCCAAGGAUCCUCUAUCCAAAGCCACCUCGUGGCCGACUUUCAUUGCGGGCGCGGAGACUGAUAAUCCCGUGUAUCGGCAGUGGGCUCUAGAUCGUUUAAGCCUACUGUGGAAUGUUCUACCGUGGGGGUAUGUGCAAACUGCGGUGGAGGUUAUGCAGAUGGCUUGGAGGUUGAGAGAUGAGGCUGGCCCUGAUUCUAUAGGGAUAUUUGGUUGGGUUCAGCAGCUGAAGGCGUUGGGGAAUCAUUGGUUGAUUGCUUGA